UGACGUCUGGGAGCACCAAUAGGGUGGGCGGGAUUGCUGACUCCGCCCCCGAAGGUAAGGGUUAGCGGUUUCCGGUAGCGGCGCUGGGAGGGGCGGGGGAGAGGAGGAGGUGGCCAGAGGCUGUGUGCCCUGACCCUUGGACCGCCUGAGACCGCGUCCCCAAGGCACAUCCAAAGAUGAUGGGCUGUGGGGACUCAGAGUUGGAGUCGGUGGACGGGGAAGAAGCCGCGGCGGUCCCGGGGCCACCCCCCGAGCCCCGAGUCCCGGAACCCCGAGCCCCAGUGCCCGAGCCCGGCCUGGACUUGAGCCUGAGUCCGCGGCCUGACAGCCCCGAGCCGCGGCCUGACAGCCCUGGGCGGCGGAAGGGGCGGGCGGAGCGGCGGGGCGCGGGUCGGCAGCGGCGGCAGGUCCGUUUCCGCCUGGCACCACCUUCCCCGGUGCGGUCUGAGCCUCAGCCCGCGGCGCCGCAGGAGCUGGAGAUGCCCGCGCUUCAGAGCAGCCUGGCCUUGGGCCUGGAGCUGAGAGCCGCAGUCGGGAGCCAGUUUGAUGCCGCGAAAGCCGUGGAGGAACAGCUGAGAAAGUCGUUCCAGAUCCGCUGCGGCCUGGAGGAGAGCGUGUCCGAGGGGCUGAACGUGCCGCGCUCCAAGAGGCUCUUCCGAGACCUGGUGAGCCUGCAGGUGCCGGAGGAACAGGUUCUGAACGCCGCCCUCAGGGAGAAAUUGGCUCUCCUGCCGCCGCCGGCUCGAGCCCCGCCCCCAAAGGAGCCACCUGGGCCGGGGCCAGACAUCACCAUCUUGUGUGACCCAGAAACACUAUUUUAUGAAUCUCCACACCUGACCCUGGACGGUCUGCCCCCUCUCCGGCUUCAACUCCGGCCCCGCCCUUCAGAGGACACCUUCCUCAUGCACCGGACACUGAGGCGAUGGGAAGCGUAGACCCCCAACGAUCUGUGGAGGGCUAGUUCGUAUUUUUGUGUUAAACUAUUCGUCAGAAUAAAGUAAUUUUGCUAGUAAA